CGUUACUAUAGUGAACGCCCAACACCAAACACCAAGCACUAGACGUUGUUAUGGUGAACGCCCAACACCAAACCCAAAUACCAAGCGUUGUUAUAAACGCCCAACGCCAAAUGGUGAUGUAAUAUGCGUCUCACACCAGGCGAACAUUUUUUGCACCUCCAAAUCAUGAGCUAACUAUAUGUGCGUCCAAGCAUCGGGUGGAACUGGAAUCAACGCUCAAGCUCAGACGUGGUUUAUAUUAGCGCUUGACUAAAUUUUGGUCUUCUCCCGUUGUGGUUGAACAAGCAGAAUACCAAAAAAAAAAAUUGCUUUUAGUCAGGCUUUUGGUCUUUAGUCCCGCUCAUGGUUGUGGAUGCCCUUAGUCCUAAUUAAGUGAUAGAUGACUGUUUAAUGAUUCGAUCGAUAACCUAAACUUUCAGGAAGUUGCUGUGAAAAGGUUUGCUAAGCAGACAGAUUUGUCAAGAUGAUAGGUUACUGUGAUGAAGGGAAAGAUCAUAUGAUUGUUUGUGAAUUUAUGCCUUUACGAUCGCUGAAUCUUCAUUUACAUGACAUUAAACCCGGAAAAAAGCCUCUAGACUGGAAGUCUAGGAUGAAGAUAGCAGAAGGUGUUGCUAGGGCUUUAAAAUAUUUGCAUCAUGGAAUGGAUCCUCUUAUAAUCUCCAAUUGCCUGGAAGUAUCCAAAAUUUUACUAAAUGAAAAUUAUAAUCCAAAGCUGUCAGAUUUCGGUUGUGCAGAAAUUGCUAUUCCAGUGGAUCACUGCAGGGUCCGUACAAAGCCGGCAGUUGGUUAUGUUAGUCCAGAGUAUACUACGACUCGCAACAUCACUUCGAAAUCUGAUGUCUACUGUUUUGGUGUUGUUUUGCUUGAGUUGAUCUCUGGGCAGAAAGCAUUUGAUGCAACCAGAAACGGAGAGCGCGAUAUUGUUGCAUGGGCACGGCCAAUGCUUAGGGACAGUAAUAAGUUCCCCGAAAUUGCUGACCCACUCAUGGAACGACAAUAUCCAUAUAGUGAACUUGUCUAAGCUAUCGAUCUUGCGAAAAUGUGUGUACAACAAGAUUCUCACAAAAGACCCCGUAUAGAAGAAGUUGCGACUACUCUUUCAAGUUUAGUCUCCCGAAUUUAAGAAGAAGCACAGGGUACAACCAAAGCCCAUUUAUUCCGUCAACGACCAUGGAGCUUAGAGCACAAGCAAUUGCAUACGUAAAAUCAUGGGGUGAAAGGUCUAGUGAAGUUGUGGAACAAUGAUAUUGUAAGACAGUUAUGGUUGCCUUAGGUACUUAUAACUCUUAAAGGAGUUUGCAUAAUGCUAUGAUGAUAGUACUCUUUUCUUAUAGCAUAAACGUUGAUUAGUAUCAUUGCUUAUCCUUACUCUGGCAUACUGCAGUGAAGUACUAUUAAACUGACCAUUAAAGUUUACUUCUGGAGUUAUAUAUGAGUGGAGCAUGGUUGAGCAAAGGACAGUCUUUAAUAUGUUUA